CCUUACAAUAUCAACAACCCAGAAAAAGUUUACUUUAGGCGUUGUCCAGAGUGAGGGCAGGUGAUUCACAAUGUCUGGAUAUCCGAAGUCUGAGAUGCCAGGAGGACAGCCGGGAGGGCAACCUGGAGGACCAGUAGUGGCUCAGCCUGCUGCGGGAGGUGUCCCAGGAGCCCCCGGUGGCUGGAUGCAGGCACCCACUAACGUCCCUGCUAACUGUCCUAAAGGACUGGAGUACCUGGCUCAGGUGGAUCAGCUGCUGAUUAAACAGAAAGUAGAGGCUCUGGAGGCUUUUACUGGAUUUGAGACAAACAACAAGUAUGAGAUUCUGAAUUCUCUUGGACAGAGAGUGUACCAUGCUGUAGAAGACACCUGUUGCUGUACACGUAAUUGUUGUGGGAGUUCCCGGCCAUUUGAUAUGAAGAUUUUGAAUAAUCAGAACCAGGAAGUCAUUCACCUGUCCAGACCACUCAGGUGUAGCUCAUGUUGGUUUCCCUGUUGUUUACAGAAAGUGACAGUAGAGGCACCUCCAGGAAAGUUGGCAGGAUAUGUAGCUCAGUCCUGGAGUUUGUGUAAACCACGUAUGAGGAUUGAGAAUGCUAAUGGUGAAACCAUGCUGAGGAUCAAAGGACCAUGUUGUCAGCUUAACAUCUGUGGAGACAUUGAGUUUGAUGUUUAUGCCCCAGAUGAGGAAACAUAUGUUGGUCGUGUCACCAAGCAAUGGUCUGGUCUGGGUAAGGAGUUGUUCACUGAUGCUGACAACUUUGGAAUCUCCUUCCCUCUGGAUCUAGAUGUCAAUGUCAAGGCCACUCUCCUCGGGGCUGUUUUCCUUUUGGAUUUCAUGUUCUUUGAAAACAACACGAAGAAAGACGACAAAAUGUCAAAAUCUGGAUAUAGAUGAGUAAGCAUGACCACCACUAGAUGGCUGGGAGGAGUUCAACUUAAACCACAGGGUAUCAGGCAGUCAUAAAACCUCCAUCACUGCUGAUAACGAUUUAAAUUGUAGUGGAACAAACUCAUAUAAACAGUCUUUGCACUUUUUUAAUUGAUAGACUAUAUACAAUGUGUAUGUAUUGUUGUAAUGUAACUUUGGUGGGUUUUUAAUUCUAAGAAUCACUUUAAUGAGUAAUUAACAGUAUUAUGAUUUGAAUAUUGUAAAGAUAUUCAAGGAUUUUCCCAGUGUUUACUGCUUAGUAAUGGAGUGAUACUUGAAGAACUUUAAUUCUCUUAUGGUAGUACAUGUGUAAAAAUUUUAAGGCAAUAUAACCUGAUAUUUAUAUAUACUUAAAUAUAGUAUACCAAUAUGAUACUAAUCAUUCUGGAAGUUCUGGGUCAUGUCAUUUAGAUAUUACAAAGUAAUCAAGAAAAUGAAGCACAGGUUUUUUUUCUUUUUAAUGCAGGACACAUCUAAAGCACCAGUUGUUUUUUUUAAUUUCUUAAAUUUACCAAGAUUUAUUAAUUUUUAUGGAUAGAAUACUAACCUUGUUAAUGAAUUUUGUACACAUAAUUGUUAGCUUAUACACAUGUAUCUUCUUAUAAAAUGUACAGUUCCUUGGUACAUAUGUAUAUAGAUUUUAGUAGGCAUUGCAGCAUUAUUCUUGUACAGAGACCAAAGCUUAUUGUACAGUUUACUCAUAUCAUUUUAUUAUUGUAAUAGACUGUUUCACGAUAACUGCGGUACUGCUCUUUUGCAGGGCAAAAUGAUAAAUUUUGGUGAAAUAUGACGUAAAAGCAAUUGUUUAAUAUACGUCAUUUAAUUAUCUGUCAUCAAAAACUUCACCAAAAGUUAUUAAUUUGCCCUGCAAAAGAGUAGUACCGCAGUUAUCGUGAAAGGGCUAAUUUUAUUGUUGUAAUUCAAUACGUUUUUCUUUUCAUUUAUUUAUUUUCAUUUGUUGCUACUGAGAUAACUAUACACUGUAUUUUAUCAUAUUUAACAAUUUACUUUUCAUUUCUUUUUUUUUUCUAUUUUUUUAAAAUUUUAUAUGUGCUCUGAUUUUAACUAAUGGAUUUUAUACAUUUUUCAAGACUUUUUUUAAAUUUAGUGUCACUUUUCCUGUUUUAUUGGGUUUAUGAUGAAGAAAUUGUUUUGUAUUUUCAUUUGUAUCGUAGGAAUCAAAUUUAAGAAUCUGUUUCAUGUGUAGUAGCAUUUUACAGUGUAAACAAAUCCAAUGAAUGACUUUCUCUUAUAGAUCCUUACACAAGACACUGUUUAUCUAUAGUUGUUAUCCAUAUCUGCAUGUAUCCUGCAUGUGUAUGAAUAAGUAACUCCCAUGGUUUGAUUAGCUCUGCAUACAUAUAUACCAGUAUGUAACUUUUAUUGCUAUAGAUCUGCAUCAUGUGUUGUGACUUAUUCUGUCAUAUAGAAAUUUUAUCGAGAUAUUAAAUAUUUAUUUCUUUCUCAC